AGAAAAGCGACUUGGCUCGCAUGCAGCGACUUUGCGGAAGUCACUCCGGUGAAGCAACAACGAACUUUCUCCUUCGACCGUGGAGAGAAAACGUUCUUUUCGAAGCCCAGAAACAGUCUGGUUCGCCCUUUUGUUUGGGUUCUUGCCCCAUCGAGGUCUUUUCUGUAGGUCCCUCACAGACUCUGUUUCUCUCGAAAGGCUUGAACAGCCAGGUUGUUGCCGGCAGCGCUCGAGAAGCAAACUGCGGUCGCCUCUUCUUUUCCCUGUCGCCCUUUCCACCUUUCCGUGUUCUAGGAACUGGAGUCGGUUCGUCUUGGUCGAUUUCGCGCGAGAUUUCUGCGCCCUUGUAACAUAAGUGUUCGAUGGUCCGUAUGUUGUGAGGUACGUGACAGUAGGGAUCCCAUUUGGAGAUUUGAUCAGAGUGUUUGCAGUCUCCCGGAAGCCUCCGGUGGAUGCGUUAUGACCCUCCUUAUUUUGCAUGCAAUGCCCGAAUUCUGAGACUUCGCUGUGCUUUCUGGAGACCGUCGGUGCAUCAACAUCGAACCUCUUUUUCUGGGCGUCGGUACACACCGCGUAUCAACCUAGAUGCGGUGGACAUACUUCUUGUGUCCUUUGUCCCCGCUUGAGUCCUCAGUUUUUUGAGAGUUCUUGGCGUACAAAUUCUACUGCUGCACAUCCACAGCGCGUUUGUGGCGCGCCUGAGAAGGCGCCUGUCCCACACCGUGCGCUUCAGGUUGUGUUCCUCGCCCGCGUAUUCGGGAGACUUACACACUGCGAGGCGACGUGAUCGGGUAGAACCUAGUGGGAUAAGAUGUCAGCAGUGGUGAUUCUCCAGGGUGGCCGCCGAUGAUGCAGGCCUUCGUGAACUCGUCUUUGAAGAGACUGGAAGCGGACUGGUGUCGGUUCUCGCUGUCCAGCGAAGUACAUUCAGUGCGCGUUUCGAAGAGAUAAUGGGAACAACGAAGGUGCAAGGCUACCCGCUUUAGCGUCGGCUGUGCAACGGGCGAGACAAUGGAGAGCCGGCGCUCUGGAGGGCUCUGGGCCGCGUGCCUGCCGAGCUCGAAGGGGGAGAAACGGAUUUUUCGACAUCUUCUUCAGGGUCCAGUUCGUCGUGAGAAACCAGCUCAGGACGCGCGCAUGAAUCGAUCCCUUCGCGACACUGUCUCGGAUGACUUCCUUCCUCUCAAGUGCAUGCCCUGUGUUUCUUCAAGGACUCCAUUCGAAGAGCACCGAGUGACCUGUUAUGGCCUGCUGCGUUACACGAAGAGACGAGCGGCAAUCGCUUCCUGCCUCUCGACCUUCUUUCUCCUUCUCUUCGUUCACAGCCUCUGCUGUCCAGGACUGCCAGUCGGGUCGCCUUCUCCAUCUCUGCAGAGACGCGCGGGCAGAGACACCUGGCACGACCGCUUCCUUCCUUUUUCUUCUUUCUACACUCGGUUGCCAUCGUGGCGACCUCCGCCACGAGGGGAGCCUUUCUCGCUUUCUUCGUCCUCUUCGGCGUCCGCUGCCAGUGGAGGUUCAGUGUCUGCGGCCUCACGCUGUUUUCUGGACCUCUCAGAGAAGACCCCAGGAGAAGCCUCGCGCCGGCGCUGCGCGCACGACCAGGCGGCGGCACAAGCGGAUGAGACACAGGGCGUUUCUCCCUUCCUUUCGCUUCUGCCUGCUUCGCCUCGUCACGCGCGUCUCUCUGGGUCUGCCCCGGCACCUCCCAAGACAUUUCGUCGCCUCCACGGGCGGCACUCCUCCGUUCUUCAGAAAAAGAAUUCCUCUUUCUUCGUUCCUCGACGAGGCGCCGCCUUCCUGUCUCCCCCGUCUUUUGCAUUCUUCCGGGGCGCCAGAGCCGGGCGACCGGAGCUGCGGCAGCGGCGAGGCGCCCUGGAGUCUCGGCUGUACAGACACCCGAGUGCGGGGCAGGAGCGGCGGCCUGGGGACGUGCGGCGAAGUUCCGUUUCGACUUUUGCAUUCACCAGUCUCUUUGCGCGAGCGCUUUACCCGGGACUCGAGGAGAGCGAGGAGAUCGACGCAGGCGAAGAAGAGCAGCUGGCAGCGUGGAGAGGAGGAGAAGAAGAAGCCUGGGAGGCAGGGACAGCAGCUCUGGAGGCAGAGAGCCUCAACGAGGAAGCGAGGAAGAAGAGACAGACAACGAGGAGUGCCCAGGAAUCAGCGUCGCUUUCUUCAGCCGCGGAAAUAACACUCAAGCUGCAAGAGAGACAGAGUAAACCUUUGCCUUUCCACCGCUACCUCAGUGCGCGACUGAACGCCUGUCGGUGCACAGACCAGGUCCUUCGUCUGGUGUCGAGACACCGGGCACGAAUGGACGACGUCCAUAGAGCAAUCGCCCUCCAGACGUUGGCUCGGAUCAUCUCGUCGCGCGAGGAAGAAGAGAGGGAAAACCAGCAACCAAGAUGGAGAAGGCGGAGGGAGUCUUUCGCGAACAAAAAAUCCCAGAAAGCGGGGGUUGAAGCAGCUGAACACGAAACAGACUCGACGGAGGCGUGGACGCAGCUCGUCACCAAUGAGGUCUUUCUCCGUCUGCUCCAAGACAUGGCUCUCGGUUCCCAGCUUCGCGGGUUCAGUCGCACAGUCGACCUCGCGUUCGUUCCUUGGGCACUGGCCAAGCUUCGCCUCCACCUGCUCCCGAGUCUCCAGCCUCUGCUUUCGCAAAUUCUCCGUGCGAUCGACGUCCACACAGACGCGCCGGCGUCUCCCGCUUCGAAGGGGAAUUCUCCGAUCGCUUCGUCGCUGCGCCAGGGUAACCAGAAUGUGUCAGCGCCUCUGUCGAGCUGUGCUGCUCUGCUUUCGUCGCCACGGUCCUCCGGCGCAGAGACGGAACGAUGCACCAGAGGCGACGAGCCAGUUCCGCGUCUCGAGGAAUCCGCGAGGGAAGCGACCGGAGAACGACGAAGAAGUAGACAGAGCUGCUCUGUCGCGGCGCUCAAACCCUCGGGCCUCGCCACCCUGGUCUGGGGAACAAGCAAGUGCCGCUACAGAAAUCCAGUUUUCUGGGAAGAAAAGCUCGCGCCUCUUCUUCGAGAUCGAGCCUCUCUCUUCUCACCCAAGGAACUCGCCAUCUGUCUGUACGCCUUUGCGAACGCAGGAGUGCGCGCAAGAGGCGUUUCGCGUCGUUCUGCUUCCCAGUGUGUAGAGACACCCCGCGCCGCUGCUGUGUCGGAUGGAGACAGGUCGGGCGCCUCUGCGUCCCUGUUUCGCUUCUCCGGUCGGGGGGGAGGAGAGAGAGAGCAGGACGCCGCGGCAGAGAGAGGGGAAAGAGGAGCGCCUUUCCACUGCGGGGAAUCAACGCUCAACGACCUCCGGCCGCACGAGCGACGCGGCUGUGUGGACUCCCGCGUGGAGUCUCUGAGGUUCCACGCAAGCCUGACCCAAGCGGGAGAGACUGGGAGGGCAGGAGAGGCCAACAGAGAAGGAGCGAUCGAUAGAGAAGGAGCGAUCGACAGAGAAGGAACGAUCGACAGAGAAGGAGGGAGGGAAGGAGGGCGAGAGAAGAAUCCUGAAGGAGAGAACAACUCAGAGAGAGAGAACGAGUCAGAAAGAGAGAUUGACGUGAAAGGAAAGAAGAGUUCGGAAGCAGAGAGAAACUCUGUGAAUGAAGCAAUUGAGGCUCUUGGGAGGGCAUGCGUCGAUAAACUUUCUGACAUGAACGCACAGAGUCUGAGCAGCGUCGCGUGGGCGUUUGCCAAGUGGCGGCUGGAUCAUCCGCCUCUCUUCGAGCGCCUCGCCUCAGAGGUCCGGCGGCGAGGACACUCUGUCGACGUCCAAACCGCAGCUCUUCUGCUGUACGCGUUUCUUCGACUCGAGUACACGGACGAGACUGUCCUUUCCAUUCUCUCAGACAGACUGACGAAGAAAAUUGGGUCUUUCCGACGAGAAAGCUUCUCCCUCUGUGCGUGGGCUGCGGCCAAAGCGCCGCGAAACUCCGCGGUCAGACGCCUCGGCGACGUCCUCUUUCCAGCUCUUGAACAAGAGUCUCUAGAAUACUACAGGAGACAGGACCUCAUUCUUCUUCUGUGGAGUGCAGCGUGCAUUCAAGGCAGUAGAGCAGCGGACUUCGCGAAGCGUAUUUUCGGUGAAUUGAGGAAGAACAAAGAGACGAAGAGUUUCCGCGCGGUCGAUGUGGCGAUGCUUCUUCACGCCUCCAGCAUCACAGGCGUCACCGACGUGGAAAUGUUGGAAAACCACUUGCGUCUCAUUCCGACUCUGCUGGCUCGCGGAGCUUGCUCCCUGGCAGAACUGGACUGGAUCACCUCCAGUCUGGCGCAUUUGGGUGCUGGUGACGAACCGUUUCUCUCAGAGGUCGCUUCGCACCUGGAAAAACGGAAAUCCUGGGACGCCGCUGCACUGGAACACCUGACGUCCUUUCUCUUCUUCAGCGUCCACCUCGCGCCCAACCUCCACCGAAAGUCGCCCGCAGUUCGUCGACUUCUGGACCUCGUUCGGACGUUCUUAGUCUCUCCCACCUCCAGCACAGGUUCCUCCGUCUCGGCGCCAGCAUCCCUUUCUUCGGAUUUCUCGCCGUCGUCGUCCUCUCCUUCCCUUCCCUCUUCGUCUCUCGCUGACUCUUUUUCGUCUUCUUCUUCCGCUCCUUCAUUUCCUUCUCCCGCGUCUGGGUCGCAGCCUGUUUUUCAACUCGCUGCACAACAACGCAUAGCAGCUCUUGUAGGCGCUUCUCCUGUGGUGGCUCCCGAACUUGCUGUCUCUCCACUUGCUUCAGCUUCUGCGUCUACGCCCGCCGCCCAUGUCCGCUUUCUUGCCCCGCCUCUCGCCUCUGUCAAGCCAGGCGCUUUCGUGAACGGAGUCACGGCGCUUGUGCGCAGCGGCUUGGUCAACGGCAGGGACGGAGACUUCGUGGCGACGUUUUUGCGAUUUGUCGAGUCGCGCGCUGAGGACAUUGACUGCAUCGACUGGGCGAAGCUGCACGACUCCGGAGAAAGGCUCGGACUCGGGCGGAAAGAGCAGUGGCGGCGCCUGCUGGCAGAACUGCCGAGGCGGCUGCAGCGGCGGUACAUGCGGAUCGAAGCAAGCGAAAGUGACCGCGAGGAAAUGCGCUUUUCCCCAGCGACAGCCUCGACGCCCGCGGCAGACGAAGAGCCGUUCGAAAUUGCCGACGAAGAGACGAUCGAACGGCACGCUCAGGAGCACGGCGACGAGUACGACGUUGGCGACUGGGGAGACAUCGAAGUGGAUCUCGGAGCACCGAAGCCCGCGCGUCAGCACAGUGACGAAAUUCCGGCGGGAGUCGAUCCAGCCGAUGUCAUCACGGACGACGAGCUGUACGCCUUGCUUUCGAGCAAACUUUCUCGAGAUCGCGCCGGAAAAGCUGCGGAGAAACGAGCUUUUGACUACAGAAAGCAAGACUCGCUCUACGGAACGUUGCACAGCAAGUGACACGUGUGACCGGUCACGAUUUCCGACUCCACUCUGAAGUGUCGUUUGCGCUCAACAGCUUGGCAUUCAAAACGCGACCACGCAGUCUUGUUCACAGCUGAAUGUUACGGUUUUAAGUGGGAGCAUCGACACCAUAAGGGAGAGCCACCCAUCUGGAAACCUUGGUAAGGGUGACAGCGUGUGUUUGCCGUUGAAGUGGAUCGAUGAAAGCACGGAACCGUAACUGUGGUUGCAUGUUAAAAACGGAUGCACUAAAUUCAAACCGUCGUAGGGAUUGUGGCUCUCCGGCGUCUUGAAGCGUGUUCUGCAGAGGCACUCUGCGAGGCAGCCCUGGGGUAUUUGACAGAGCGAUUGUGCACCCUCAAUAGCCUUUUUUUGACGAAGGAUAUCUCCACAUCUAGUCUGCAGAUUGAUUCCACGUUUGCAGGGAGAUCCGUGCUGGUUCCUAAAACUGUUGAGAUGUUUGAAUUGCUCUGUGGAUUGGAGAAACUCGAAAUGCACUCGUGUCGCGGGAUACUUCACCG